AUGGAAAAAACAAUUUCACCGAUACCCAUGGAAUUCUCUACUCAAGGCCACCAUAAAACAAAUGAGGGCAUAAAGAAUAUAAUAUUUGGAUCGGUUGCAGGAAUGGCUGGGAAAGUUUUUGAGUAUCCCUUCGAUACAGUAAAAACCAGACUUCAAACUCAAUCUAUUUUUAAGGGUCCUUCAGAUUGCUUCAAACAAACAUUUAAAAACGAAGGUUUCUGGGGCUUCUAUAGGGGAAUGUCUUCGCCAAUGAUAGGAGCAAUGCUGGAAAAUGCAAUGUUAUUCCUCGUCUAUAAUCAGAUUAAAAUGAUGAUUGUGGAAUAUACAACUCCAGUAAAUGAACGACACCGUUUGUACAUAAAUAACGUCAUAGAUCAAGAAUCAUUUAGCAUGAGUCAAUUAUGUUUGGCAGGCGGUAUAUCUGGAUCGUUGACCUCAUUUGUGUUAACCCCUUUGGAGUUAAUCAAGUGUAAGUUACAAGUACAGGAAACGCUUAUGUAUGAAGCAAAGGAAAAAAAUAUACAAAUCGCAGCAGCAGAAAUGAAAAACCCCAAAUUCACAGGUCCUGCUUCAGUCAUUAAAUAUACUUUAAAAGAGCAUGGCAUAAGAGGACUUUAUCGUGGCCAUAUUGGUACAUUUUUUCGAGAGACGAUUGGUGGAGCCGCAUGGUUCGGGACCUAUGAAUUUGUUUCAAGGUUAUUCAUGGAACGUAGAAAUAGAUCAAUGAACAUUCAUGAGUUACCAUCAUCUAACAAGAAAGGUUUAAGUCUAACAGAGUUAAUGGCAUCUGGAGCAUGUGCAGGAAUGGCAUAUAAUAUAACAAUGUUUCCUGUGGAUUCGGUUAAAAGUCAAAUACAAACAGAUGAAGAAAUAAUGCUCGCUAGAGGAAGAAAAGUUGUAAAGAGGAGUUUUUUCAAAGUUUGUAAAGAUAUAUAUAAAGAACAUAAUAUACCUGGAUUUUACCGCGGAUGUGGUAUAACUGUGGCUAGGGCCGCUCCUUCAAGUGCCAUAAUUUUUAUGACUUAUGUAAUUAUAUAUCGUAUUUUUUCUCGAUCAACUUUGUUCAAAUAA